AUGCUUGAAAAUCAGACAACUGUCAAAUAUUUCAUCAUUAAAGGAAUCUCUGAUGACCCCAAGCUGCAGUUUCCAAUUUUCCUUCUGGUCCUCCUUAUGUAUCUUUUAACUCUGAGUGGUAACCUGACAAUUCUAAUUGCCUGCCGACACCCGCUUCUCCACACACCUAUGUACUUCUUCUUGGGUAACUUGUCUGUACUAGAUUUCUCUUGUUCUACCAUUGCCCUGCAUAGGAUUCUUAUAAACUUUAUUACUAGGGAUAAAACUGUUCCAUUUUUUCAGUGUAUGAUACAAAUGUACCUGUUUGGAUCCCUUGGUGUUACCGAAUUAUUAAUACUGACAGUCAUGAGUUAUGAUCGCUAUGUAGCGAUCUGUAAGCCCUUACAUUACCACAGGAUCAUGAACAAUAGAAUGUGCACUAUGUUGGCCUCACUCAGCUGGUUGUUGGGGUUGUGCCAAGUCCUUCCUCAUACUGGUAUCAUAAUGAGUUAUACUUGCUAUUCAUCCAUUGAGAUCAACCACUUCUUCUGUGACAUUGUCCCCUUAAUGAAAAUUUCCUGCAAUGACACGACUGUUUUGGAACUUCUAUUCCUCAUAGAAGGGUUGCUUCCUAUGAUCUUAAUGCCCUUUGUCCUCACCUUUGUUCCUUACAUUUUUAUAAUAAAUGCUAUAUUGAAGAUCUCUACAAGUACUGGAAGACGUAAGGCCUUCUACACAUGUUCCUCACACCUCAUCGUUGUGAUUGUGCUCUACACUACUGUAGCCAGCCAAUAUUUGACACCAAAUCUAUCUAGUACCCUGGAUUCUAAGAAGCUUUUAUCGUUAUUUAAUGCGGCUGCUGUUCCUAUGCUAAAUCCAUUCAUUUACAGCCUCAAAAACAAAGAUGUUAAAAGAGCUUUGAAAAUGACCCUCAGUAAAUGUAGUUUUGCUUUAAAUUAA